AUGACCACCGCGGCCGAACGCAUGAAAGCCCUGGCCAAGCCCCGGGCCACUCAACCCCAGCUCAAGCAGCUCUGCCCAGGCUUCUACCGCGCCCGCAACGGAGAUCGCUACUAUGGAGAGGGCGAGGUCGUCGAGAAGGGAAUCACCCACGACGGCGGAGUCUACAUCCGCGUCGAGCCCGCGCACGACCGCCUGUACAACCCCAACGGCAAGGGCGCCUUCUUCGACCCCUUCACCGGCGAGACCAUGCCAGAAGCUCUGCUCCCCGACUGGCCCACCGACCCGUACGAGACCGACGGCAGCGUCCUCCCAGACACCAAGCCGGGCACAAAAGUCGGCGACGAGGCCCCGGGAAUCUACCACGCGCCCAACGGGCGCCGCUACUACGGGAUCGGGCGCCUGCUGAAGCUCGACUCCUGGCGGGUGGAGCCCAUCCCGGGCAAGCGGUUCGUGCACGAUCGCAAGGAGAAGGACGUGCCGGACGCGGAGAGGCCGCGGGUCCUGUACACCAGCACGGCGCAGGCGAGGCAAGCGAGGGAAGCGAGCCAGGCCGAGGCCCAGGCCCAGGCCCAGGACAGGCGCAAACGAGGCAAGGGCAACUAUUUCGGCGGGCUGCGGCCGCCCAUUCUGCGCGGUACCACCCCGCGGCUCGGCACAGAGAGCACGGGGGUGUACCUGGCGCUGGACGGGCUGUGGUAUGUCGGCGUGGGCAAGGUCAUUGCGGUGGGACUGAACCUCGAGCGCUUCGAGUAUGUGUACGUGGAGCCGAUCCCCGGGAAGUCGGGAGGGGACUAUGACUUCUUCCACCCGAUCACUUGGGAGUGGAUGGCCGCGUUCCAGGGCAGCCCGCGCCCGGGCGAGAGUGCGGAUCCGAAUGCAAAGCAGGACGCUGGAGUGCCGGAUCCGCGACAUCGGCUCUGGCGAGAGUUCCCGGCCAUCGAGCGGAUCCCGGAGGUUGGCGAGGAGUAUCCUGGACGCUAUCUCCCUCCUAGUGCGCCCAAGUACGAAGUGUACCUUGGGGUGGGAAAGGUUGUCAAGGCUGGGACUACGGAGGAGGGCCGGAUCUUUGUGGAGGUGGUGCCUAUCCCGGACAAGUUCGAUGCAGGUGGCAUCUAUCAGUUCUUCGACCCUUACACCGGGAAGGAUAUGCCCCAGGAGUAUUUGCCUGACGAGAAGGAGUGA